AUGGAAGAAGAAGAUUCUUUAAAUGGAGCUCCAAAGAGAAGACAAUUAUUUAUGGAUUUAGAUACUAAAGAAAUUUACCACAAAAAAAACUUAGAAAACACAUCUCAGGCUUUGAUAACUCUGAAUUCUUAAAAUUGUUAAAUUGAUGAUGAUUAUCAAAUUGAUAACAGCUAAGUAGAGAGAAAUAAUUUAGAGGUUAAAAAAAUAAAUUCAAGCAUGUGCAACAUAAGUUAGAAAAUAAAUGAAGUCAAUUUUAAAGAAAGCUCAAAGGGUUAGUAAAUUAGCUCCAAUGUUUUAACAGCGCCAUGGAUAAGUAAAUUCUAAAAUGACACAUUAUUAUCUAGCUUUGAAAAAAUUUAUGGAAUUAACAUUCAGCAAGUAAGCAGUAAUCCUGAUGAAAAUAUUAGCAUAAAUAACUCUUAGAUUUAAAGAAAAAUGACUCACUACUUUGUUAAAGAGCACAGAAUAGAUUUUAAAAAUAAUUAUGAUUAAGAUUACCUAAAAGAAUAAAAAAAUUUUGAAGAAUUAGAUUUAGAAGAAGAAGAUGAAGUUAUAAGAGCUAAAAAGCUUUAGAGAAAAUAAGAAUUUUAAGAAAUUUGGAUUCGACUUGGGAGUGUUUUGUUUAAUGUUAGAAAAUUUUUUAAAGUGCUAAAAUCUUAAUGUUCUUAUUUUAAAUACAAAAUAUUGAUGGAAUCUCAUAACUUACAUAUAAUUGGAGACAAGGCGUUUUUUAAAAAAGGGGAUCAAGACGAUAUAAAGAAAUAAAAUAUAAUAAAUGAUGAAGAAGAAGAAGAUAAAAAUUCUUUAUUAUUCCUUUUAAAGCAUGUUUCAAAGUGA